AUGACAACAGAACUGCUGGCAACACCAAACAGCCCAGACACUACCCUUGGAUCCUCAGCAGACACAGCACAAUCCAUAGAAAGCACAGUUCCUCAAGUCACCUCUCUUGUCAUCUCAACAUCAGGGGGCCCUAGAGGACAACCAGUAUCCCUUUCUGUCAGUACCUCCUCUGAUGGAACAUCAGCCGUUGUGAAAACCCACCUGACUCAGAGCAUAGAGACCAUGGGACAACUGCACACAAGCACACCAGCCUCUCCAGGGAAAGACACCACAUUGGAGGGCACAACUACCUCCUCUUCAUCCACCACAAGCAGCCAAGCAGCUUCAGGAAGUACUUCCCCAGAAACAGCCUCUACAGGUAAGGUCACAGGCUUCUCACCAACUCCCUCCAGUGACAGCCACACACCUCAGUCAACAACUGAGUGGUUGUCCACUCUAGCCAGUCUUGUCACUAACCCGGAAAACAUGGAAAAUGUGUCCAUUCUUCUCACCAGAGCCAUUGGGCCCACCAUCUCUGAAGGGUCAGCAAUAGGGGAGACAGUGGGACAGUCAACCCCAGACUCUCCCAGCACUUCUCAGGAAACAUCAGCCAUUUCCCAGAUGGCUCAGACUACAAGUACAGUAACCACCAGAGGAUCUGAAACUCUCACCUCAGUCUCUCAGGUGACUGACACCUUCUCAACAGUCACAUCUCCACCUCCUUCUUCAACAAUAAAUGGACACACGUCUCCACAAUCCAUGGUCCACACUUUACCACCUUCAGGUACCAGCACCUCAUUGAUAUCAACCCCAGUCAGCAACAGACACAGAAUUCAGAUAGCAACUCAAACCUUGUCACUCAGGGCAACUGAAGGGACAACUGUGCUCAGUUCCACCACCCUGAGAAUGAUGACAACCUCACUAAGGACAAACAGUGAGAGAAGCACAACAAUGUCACUUUCAACAACAUCCUUCCAGACUCUUACAGCCUCCACUCCCAGCACAUCCACAGUCACCCACUCAACAAUUCCUCCCAUCCCUAUCAAGCCUGAUAAAGGUGUUUCCCUCUUCCCCUAUGGGUUCAGAUUUGGAGACCAGGAGCUUGUUGAGAGAACUGUGGACUUUACCUCACCACUCUUCAAGCCCGAGAUUGGGUUCCCCUUUGGCUCCUCUCUCCGGGAUUCCCUCUACUUCACAGAUAAUGGCCAGAUCAUUUUCCCCGAAUCUGACAACCAGAUUUUCUCCUACCCCAAUCCACCCCAUAGAGGCUUCACAGGCUGGGACCCUCUGGCCCUGGUGGCUCCAUUUUGGGAUGAUGCUGAUUUCUCCGGCCACAGAGGAACCAUAUUUUACCAGGAAUAUAAGACAUUCUAUGAUGAACACUACCCACUAGUCCGGCAAGUGGAGUCUCGGAUUGAAAAGUUUGCAAACGCCUGGUACUACAAAGCCAGGUGGACCCUAAAGAUCACCUGGGUCAAUGUCCCUGCCUAUCCCGCCCGCUGGACCUUUGGGACCAACACCUACCAGGCCAUCCUCACCACGGAUGGGAGCAGAUCCUAUGCCUUGUUUCUCUACCAAAGCGGUGGCAUGAAGUGGGAUGCUACCCAGCGCCCAGGCAACUCUGUCUUCAUGGGCUUCUCCAGUGGAGAUGGGUAUUUCCAAAACAGCCCACUGACAUUCCGGCCAGUGUGGGAGAAGUAUCGUCCAGACCAAUUCUUGAAUUUCAACUCAGAUCUUCAGGGACUGCAGAUCUACAUGCUACACAGAGAAGAAAGGCCCAACUACCGUCUCAAGUGCCUGCAGUGGUUGAAGAGACAGUCUUACUGGCCCAACCGGGGCUGGAACCAGAUCUCCUGUCCUUGUUCCUGGCAGCAAGGAAGAUGGGACUUAAGAUUCCAGCACAUCAACAUAGGCUGGUGGGGCCGAGGCAACAGGCAACUGUGCAGUUUCUCCUCCUGGCAAGGGGGCAUAUGCUGCAGUUAUGGAUCCUGGGGAGAGCUUCGCGAAGGCUGGAGAGUGCGGAGUCCCUGGCAGUUUGACCAGGAACUAGAGCCAUAUAACUGGUGUUGCCGCUGGAAUGACAAACCCCACUUUUGCAUCCUGUACCAGCAAAGGGAGCCCCGUGUCAGCUGUGCUGGAUACAGACCCCCAAGACCAGCCUGGAUGUUUGGAGAUCCUCAUAUCAUCACCUUGGAUGGUGCCAAUUACACCUUCAAUGGGCUGGGGGACUUCCUGCUGGUCCGGGCCUGGGAUGGAAACUCCUCCUUCCUGUUGCAGGGCCGCACUGCCCAGACUGGCACAGCCCAGGCCACCAACUUCAUUGCCUUUGCUGCUCAGUACAAAUCCAGCAGCUUGGAGCCUAUCACCGUUCAAUGGCUCCUUGAGAAAAAUGACAAAAUCCAAGUUCAGCUCAAUAACAAGACUGUGGCAUUUGAAGACAACCAUAAAGAUGCAAAAGGCCAGGAGAUAUUUAACACCACUGGACUCAUACUGACCCGCAACGGUUCUAUGGUCUCAGCCAACUUUGAUGGGACAGUGACCAUCUCAGUGAUAGCUCUCUCCAACAUUCUCCAUGCCUCCUCUAGCCUUCCAGAGGAGUAUCAAAACCACACAGAGGGCCUCCUGGGGGUCUGGAAUGACAAUCCAAAUGAUGACUUCAAGAUGCCCAAUGACUCCACUAUUCCCCAAGACAGCUCUGAGGAGAUGAUUUUUCACUAUGCAAUGACCUGGAAAAUCAAUGGAACAAGUCUCUUUGGCAAGAGGAAUGACCAGCUGCCUUCCAACUUCACCCCUGUCUUCUUUAACCAACUGAGAAACACCUCCUUGGAUCAAAAUUUGACUUCCAAGUGUAAUAAAGAUGUACAAUGCAUCUUUGAUGCUCUGGCCACGCGGGACAUAAACACUGGACUGCACACCAGGAUGAUUUUUGGAAGUUUCCAGGCAAUCAAUGCCACCCUCAAUCAGUAUCCACCCUCUAUUAAAGGUGAUCAUGAGAUUAAAGCCUACAAGGGGCAGACCAAGCAGUUUCAAUACACCAGCAACUCUGAGAGUGUCACAUUCUCUCUCAGAAACAACUCUACUGACUUCACACUCUUUGAGAAUGGAACAUUGCUGUGGAUACCAAAGUCACUGGAACCAUUCACUCUGGAGAUUCUAGCAAGAAAUAUCAAGAAUGGCUUGUCAUCUGAACUCCAGCCCAAUAUUGUGGCCUGCUUUUGCAGUGCAGAGAGCCAGUGUUUAUACAACCAGACCAGCCGGGCUGGCAAUUCUUCCCUCAAGGUGGCUGGCUGCAAGUGUGAUGGGGACACCUUUGGUCACUACUGUGAACGCUCCAGAGACCCCUGUGAGCAAUGCUUCCCGAAUGUAAACUGCACUCCAGAGAAGGGUUGCGAGGCCUGCCCUCCACACAUGACUGGGGAUGGGCGUCACUGUGCAGUUCUAGAGAACUUGUUCCUCUGUCAGAACAAGUCCUGCCCUGUAAAUUACUGCUACAACCAUGGCCACUGCUACAUCUCCCAGACUCCAGACUGCCAGCCCACCUGCACAUGCCCCCCAGCCUUCACUGACACCCGUUGCUUCCUGGCUGGGAACAAUUUCACCCCCUCCAUCAGUCCAGAGCUUCCCUUAAGAACCAUCCUGCUCUUGCUCAGUGAAGAAGAAAAUGCCUCCAUUGCAGAGGUCAACGCCUCGGUGGCGUACAGACUGGGGACACUGGAUGUGCGGGCCUUUUUCAGGAAUAGUCUGGUGGAACAAAGUAAUUCCACAACCUCAGCCUCCGGAAACUCCCUUCACCACUGGAGGGUCAUCUCUGAGUUCCAGUACCGCCCUGGGGGCCCUGUCAUUGACUUCCUGAACAACCGGCUGCUGGACGCUGUAGUGCAGGCCUUCUUACCCCAGGCCUUCCAGAGGAGGUCGAGGAGGAGUGAGGAGCCCAGGCACAACGUGAUCUUCCAUCCCAUCUCCAGAGAAGAUGUGCACAACCUGAAGAAUCUGAACGUGAGCAUGCUGGAGCCUUACUUCAAAUGCAAUGGCUACAAGGGCUACCGCCUGGUCUUCAGCCCCCAGAAUGGCUUCACGUGUGUGUCCCCGUGCAGUGAGGGCUAUUGUGAGCAUGGAGGCCACUGCCAACACCUGCCCAAAGGACCCCACUGCAGCUGUGCACCUUUCUCCAUCUACGCUCCCUGGGGCGAGCGCUGUGAGCUCCUAAGCAUGAAACUCGGGGCGUUCUUCGGGAUCCUCUUUGGGGCUUUGGGCGCCCUCCUGCUACUGGGAGUCGCGGAGUUUGUGGUCCUGCGCUUCUGGAACUGCUCCAGGACCUGGGACUCCUAUCCCCUGGACUCGGAGAGCUGA